AUGGGCGAUCUCAUUGACACCUUGCUCAGCCAUCUCGCUCUCGAGGAGGACGAAUAUUGGGAUGAAGAAAAUGAUCGCCUGCAGAAUGCAGGCCUCUCUGGGACUGCAAUCUACUUGGAAGCACAAGAAAAUCGGCGGCACCGCUCAGAGAACCGCAAACGCCUUUACCUCAUCCGAAAUGAACUGCUCCCAAAUCCACGAGAAGGAACACCAUGGCAGCGCUUGCAUAGCAGCUCAAGUGAUCGCGGAUUUAUUACGACUAUGGGAAUUGAUGUCAGUACAUUUGAGUACCUCCUCCAAUCUGGUUUCGCUCUCCUUUGGAACACUACACCCAUCCCCCGGCCUGAUCAGCCUAUGACAGCCCCGCCUCGGGUGAAUAGUCGAUCCCUUGAUCCUGCUGGAGGCUUGGGGCUGAUCCUUCACUACCUCAAUUCGACAAUGCGCGACGUUAGCUUAAUGGAGAUCUUUGCUCUCAUUCCCAGCACCGUCAAUCGCUACCUUGACUUCUGCCUCGACAUUCUUCUUUCAGAAUCACCCGAUCAAGAGAUCGAGAACGCGACUUUCAAUGGAUGGCUCCAUGAACACUUCGUGAGCUCUGUCAUUGCUUUUGGAGCUACUGGGUCUAUUAUUGCUUGCCGAAUGAAUGCGCCAGGUAGUUGGCAUGAUGCACGUGUGGCUCGCCCUAUUUUUGAAAAGCUACGCACGAAAACACCAGAGGGUUAUUACCUUGUCACGGAUACAGCCUUUCCUCGAGGAACAGAUCAAAUACAAGGUCGUAUCAAAGCCCCAAUGAAGAGCGGAACUCGUCUUCCAGCAGAUGAGAAGGAAAGAGCCCAAGUCAAGGCCUUUGAUCGUCAACUCCUCUCACUUCGCCAGGCAGCAGAAUGGGGGAUGCGUGGAAUCCAGGGGUCCUUUGGGCGUCUCCGUAUACCUUUGGACAUAAAUCAUGUGUCUCGCCGGGGUGACAUCUUGGAGGCCUGUGCACGGCUGUAUCAAAUUCGGGCUCGUCGAGUCGGCAUCAAUCAGAUACGCAAUGUGUACAUGCCAAUUUGGAUGGAAGGAGAUGAGCAAAGGCAAAUAUGGGAGCAUUUCGAGGACAUUUUGUUCAAGGAUCAACGAAAACUUGAUCGCGUAGCCCGCUUUCACUUGAUAGAAACAGAAGAAUAG